UCAGCUGACCAAUCAACGCGGAGACUGACCAUGUGAUUCUUAUUCAACAUAAACAAAAAGCUUGUUUUCGGCCGCUUUGCCUCAGUUGUCAUCGAGUGGGACGACGGUAGGGAGUGUCUACGCCCUCCUUGGAUUAUAGGAAAAUGAGGGUUAUCCUGGUCUUGUCGGUAGUGGCUGUUGCAGUCAAUGCCAACAGCCAUUUCCUCUCGGACAAAUUUAUCAAGUUGCUUCAGAGUGAGGAUUCUACAUGGGAGGCCGGGAGGAACUUCAACAAGCACCUCUCCAUAAGGUACUUCCGACGACUCAUGGGUGUCCAUCCCGAUUCCAAAUACCACAUGCCCAAGUAUGAAGUUCACCAGAUUCCCGAGAACUUUGAAUUGCCCAAAGAGUUUGACUCCAGAGCUGCAUGGCCGAUGUGUCCCACAAUUGGUGAAAUUCGUGAUCAGGGUUCCUGUGGAUCUUGCUGGGCAUUUGGAGCUGUAGAGGUGAUGAGUGACCGGCAGUGUAUCCACAGUAAGGGCAAGAGCAACUUCCACUAUUCUGCAGAGAAUCUUGUGUCCUGUUGCCACCUCUGUGGUUUUGGAUGUAACGGAGGCUUCCCAGGUGCAGCUUUCAAGUACUGGGUGCAUAGUGGUAUUGUCUCAGGGGGCUCGUUUAAUUCCACUCAGGGAUGUCAGCCCUAUGAGAUUGCUCCCUGUGAACAUCACGUCCCAGGACCCCGACCCAAGUGCUCUGAGGGCGGCGGCACCCCAAAGUGUGCCAAGACAUGCGAGAAGGGCUACAUAGUGGACUACGAGAGUGAUCUGCAUCAUGGAGGCAAAGCAUACAGCAUCAUGAAAGAUGAAGACCAAAUUAAGUACGAGAUCAUGAAGAACGGGCCUGUGGAAGGAGCUUUCACCGUUUAUGUGGACUUCCUUCACUACAAGUCUGGUGUGUACCAGCACCGCCAUGGCUUACCUUUGGGUGGACAUGCCAUCCGUGUCCUUGGAUGGGGCGAAGAGAAUGGCACUCCCUAUUGGCUGUGUGCCAAUUCAUGGAACACCGACUGGGGUGACAAUGGUCUGUUCAAGAUUCUAAGAGGUUCAGAUCACUGUGGUAUUGAGAGUGAAAUUUCAGCUGGGUUGCCUAAGUUGAAUUAGUAACAUGUAUGAUGGCAGUUCAAGGUUUCUUUUGCAUGGUCAAAAAAAGUUAGAAAUUGAUAUUAAUGUAAGGUAGGCACGUCCCAAGUUUUAGUCAGGUAUGGAUUCUUUACUUAUUUCUUAAAACGGCCAUUGUUAUUUCUUCAUGACUGUACUCAUGGUCUUCACUCCAAUAGGGAAUGUUAAUCCAGUGAUGUGGGAUUUUCAUUCAAAAGCAUUGCCCUGUAUUGUAUUUUGUGUAGCUAAUGUGCUGGUACCUCUGACAUACAAGUUUUAUGUAACUUUUCACAUUUUCUUUGUGAAGCUAGAUAUAGUGAUGUUGAACAGAAAUUAAGAUUUCAUGUUGCUGAACUGUGAUAAUAUGUCACAAAAUACAACAACGCUAACAAAAAAUGAAAUAAAACAUUCCAGGUUAUGUGUAAUCAUUAGUUUAUAUUUCUUUUCUGAUUUUGAUGUUUGUAAAGAAAUAAAUGUCUGAUGUUCUGAUAAUAAAUUUAAUUUUACAAU